AACAAGCAAGUAUUAUUAUUUAGAUUUAACAAAGAAGCGCAAUUAAUAUUAAAUAUUAUAUAUACUUAUUAAAUGCAGCUAGGAAAGAGUAGCACUUUACCCUAACAAUUCUCUUAAUAAAUUUCAUCCCAAUUAUAAAGACAGAAUUAAGCUUUUUCAUAAAUCCCUACUGUGGACCUCAUGCAACAUUACUUUGGGACAAUUAAUCUUCAAAAGAAAGAUAUCAAACGCUCUUAGAAUUUAUCACUAGGAUCUCAGUCUGUAAAACACGCCAAUUCUUCUUUGAGGAUUGAGAAUCUUAAUAACUAAAAACCAGAUAAUUAAAAACACUCUUUAAGCAUCUAAUUAGCUUAAAAUCAAUCCAAAAUACAACCGUCAUAUUCUUUAGUUUAGUAAAACCAAACCAACCAAUUUAAAGCUCCUCUUUAAAAAACUACUAGAACAAGCUUGAGUCCUAUAGAUUAAAAGAUCAUUAAACAAAAAAGUAGUAGUGCUCUACUUUAGAGGUAGAAAUUUUAAACAAAAAAAGGAAACAGUAAUUCUAUAAGUUCAUAAAACGGACAAACAACUAACUAAAAGCAAACUGUUUCACUAAUACACUCUAACAACCAAGAUGGAUCUAUAUUUGUUAAUAAAGAAAAUAUUCAUAGUAACAUCAUUAAUUCAUUAAGCUAGCAAUCAAUUAAUGGAAAAUCAAAUACUCUACCUAAAAAAAUAGCUUUAAUAAAUCACCCUAAAUCUGCAAGGUAAACAUCCUGCAUUAGCAAUUAAAAUAUGCAGGUAGUGAGUGAAGAAGAAAAUACUAAAUAGAAAUGUAAUACAAUGAAAGACAAAAGCGAAAUGAAUCAAUUCAUUGCUCAAUUGGCUAGCAAACUAAACCAAAAGGAUAGCAAUAGCAUAUAAUUAUUAGCUGAAAACUUAAAUAAAUAGCAAGCCUAUACAGACAGAGCUAAAUCCUUUUUAGAAAAUAAUGAUACUUUUACUAAAUAAAUAUUGUAAAGGAUAUCUACCUAAGCUAAUUAGUUAUCUACCGAGGCAAACUCUCUUCCUUACUCUUCCGCAGAUAAAUCCUCUGUCAACACUAGAGUAAAUACUUUAAAUGAUGAUGAUGACUUGACAGAUCAAAAUAAUUUUUAUCCAUGUUAAACACAUCCUAAUAAGAAGGCAAAAUAUAUAGCGAGUUUCAACUCAGAGAGAUCAACGAUUUGUUCAAGAUGUGCAAUUGAAUUAGCCACAAAGGGGUAUAAAAUUGAAGAGAUUGUCAAAGAAACAACUUAAAACAAAAUGAAACAGGAGAUGUAGCAUUUAUUAAACAUCAUUUUGUAAAAGAAACCUGAACACGAGAAUAUUAUGGAUAGAAUGAUCCACAAAAGAGAGUAGCUAUUUCAGUUUUACACAAAAUCUGCUUCGUUAGUUGAAAAUACCUUUUUGAAAAUUGAGAGAGAAUUAAUUGAGAGGAAAAACUGGGUUCUUUCAGAAAUUAAUAAGCUAAAAAUAGAAAAUGAAAACACUUACACUCGCUUGAAUUCUGAGGCAAAAGAGAUUUUUAGCGAGCUGAAUCAAAUAUCAAGUGAUAUUCUUGUUCAUCAUGACUCGAUACUGUAAAGUAUUGAACUAGAUUCAUUCAAUGCGAUAAUGGAAAACUAUAAAUAAAAGAUAUAAAUUAUAAAUGAAUACUUCGCUGAUCUUUAGUAACAAACUAUUCCUUUGAUGAAAGUUUCUACAGAGUCGAACGAAAAUCAGAUUCAAAAGAUAUUCUAAGUUUAAUAGUAUCAAACCACUUUGAUAAAAAAAAAUUCUAAAUUAUUUAAUAACUAAGUUAACAAUCAAUUAAAUGAAGUCAAUGAUCUAAAGAAGGAACUACCUCUCUAGUCAAAUAAAAGUUUGUACCAAAACAUUUCUAUCGAGCCAUCAUAUGCAUCUCAAGAAUUCAAUUAAGAAGAAGAUAAAACAUAAGUUUAGCAGUCAUAAAUUUAUCAACGAAUUGGUAUUUCAUAGUUACUAAAAUUAUAGCAAAAUUAAUAAAAUGAACAAAUAACUAGCAGCAAACAAAUAAAUGAAGAUAAUUUCUAAUAAAUUAUUGAAGAAAACUAAAUUUAAAAUCAAAAAAAUACUAUUCAGCAAACUAAUUUAAAUAAUAACGAAUCUCAAAGCAUUUGUAAUUUUGCAAAUACAAGUGACAAAUUUUGCUAUUUAACAAACAGCAUACUUCCAAUUUCUCAAACUUCCUCAAUUAUGGUUAAAUCUAUUUCUAAUCUUGCUAAUCAGUUGAAAAAUUACAAUCAAAACUAAUAGUUUUCCUAAAUAGUUCAAAGUAAUUAAAUAAAGACCUCAGAAGAAUAGGAAGAAGAUCUAUACAAAUCUCCAGAUCUCUACAACAAGAAUAAAAGAGAUUAACUCAAGUAUUAUUCAAGAUAGAGUGUAAAUGACACUCCUAUUGCUGGAUUGAAUGCUCAAAAUAUCAAACAAAUUAACUGUUAAAAUUAACUAUAAAUUUAAUAAAAUCAACUUUCAAACUAAUAAAAUUAAACAUUAAAUUAAUCAAAUCAACUGUAAAAUUAGUAAAAUCAAGUUUAGCAUUAACAAAAUCUAAAACUAUUAAAUUAAUAAAAUCAAUUAUAAAACUAACUUUUAAAUUAAUAAAAUCAAAUACAAAAUUAAAAUAUCUAAACUCGAUAAUUCUAAAAUGAAAUCUUAAACAACCAAAUUAGAAAUCAAAGUUAAAAUAGUUUAAAUUAAAAUGACUAAAACAAUAUCAAUUAAUUACAUUAGAUUCAAAAUUAAAUAAACUCUACAACAUCUAAAGAAAGCAAAUCCAAAAAUUUUAAUUUCUAUUAGUUAAACUAAGCUGAUUUUUAACCUUUACCAGAAUAAAAUUAAGUAAAUGAAAUAAACCAUAAUAAUUUCGAUUCAUAAAUUUCAUUGAUUGUAAAAAAUAGCUAAACCAACUCUUAAAAAUAAUAAACUGGAGCUUUUAGAACUUUGUUUUCUUAGUAGGAUGCUCAGAUAAAUGAAGAACCAGUAUCUGCAACAAAAAGCUCUGGUAAUGAGAAAUAUAAGAAUAUACUGGAGAAGAUUCAUGCAAAUCAAGCUAGAAAUAACACCUUUUAUUCUGAUAUAAUAAAGAAUGGAUCAGUAAGCCCCUAGUUACAGACAAACAGCUCUCCUUAUGGAUCAAAUUUAAUUACAAAAGAAUAAAAAAACAACGACUAUCUAAAUAGUGUCGAUGUUUCUUAAUUUACUCUUUAGGGUGGAGAAAGUAAAUUAAUGGCUGCUUUUAUAAAAGAAUAAUAAUAAAGCUAGCUUUAAGAGGAUUUAGAUGAAUAGCAAACAUUUGGAGAGUAAGUUUUUAAAAACUAAGAGAAUCAGAAUACCUAAUAUGAAUUAGACAGUAACAAUUUUACUGUGAAUAACUCAUUCAAUGACGAAGCAGAUCAAAAUAAAGAAUAUAACUCUACUUCGAAAUUUGCUGACAUAAGCAAUGGCUUUAACAACUAAACUAAUUCUAUGAUUUACACUCCUAAAUAAUAAUAACAAUAACAAUAAUAAUAUUUUUAACAUGAAAUUUAAUAAAUUUAUCUCAGUAAUUUAAAUCCUAAUGCCAAUAACAAGCAUACAGAUUCUUUUACUCACUGCAUUCAAAAUCAUGAAAACCUCUAAAAGCAGAAAAAUGAAAACAGAAGUUCAAUAUAGUCUAACUCACAAUUCAGCUAGCUUUAAGUUGUGUAAAAGAGUUACAGUCAAAUGUGCGGAGCUCUUUAAACAAGAGAGUCCUUUUAGAAUAAUUCUUUUUAUAACUAAGAAAAUUCCUAUGAUUAAAAAGAAAAUUAAUAAAGGUCCUUCCAAUAAUAACAAUUUUUAUUUUAAAAAGGUUGUGACGUGUAAAAUUAAAUUUCUAAUGAAUAAAACAGCAACUAAUUUUAGAUUGAGAAUAAUUAUUCUAUUAAUUAUUAAGCUUAAGACUACCAAUAGAAUAAUCAUUAAUUACCAAGCUAAAUCACCGACAACAGAUAAAGCAUAAGCCAAGGAUCCUAGAUCUAUUCCUCAAAUUCGCAGCCUAUUUUGAUUAAUUAGAUAGGAGUAAAUGGCAGCAAAAAUUUAAAAGCUUGCAGAGAUUUCAUAAACUUCAUAGAAUCUAAGAUAGGAGAGGAAAAUAUUAAUUUAACUGAGCGUUCAAAGAAUAAAUCUGAUUUUAGAAAGAAUCUAUUCUUUUCUCCUAAAUUCAAUACAAAUUAAGAAGAUCAAAAAAUUGAAGAUGGGUCACUUGAGCAUCUUUCAACAAAUUAAGAUUUCACAAAAGAAAAUAAUAAUAUUACUCAUUAAUCUGACGAAUACUAAAGCUAUAACCAAAUAUUUAGCGACCAUAAUAAUCACCAGAUAUACUAGAAGUAUGUUAGUUAAAGUAAUUAACAAAAUUAACAAGAAGCAAAUUUUAAUGAAGCUGAAAAUUCGCUUUUAGAUUGA